CUGCGCCGCGACCUACGACAAGCACAUUAACGUCAGCUUCCACAGUCUCGGACGUCCACAAUAGUUGUCCUGUCUAUUUCCGCGGUGCAUCACAAACAGCGGCGCCGAACGGCCCAAGACGCUAGCGGGACUCCAGCCCGGCUUCCGCCUUCGCGGGUCACGUGAGCGGCGCGGAGCUGCUGCGCACGCGCGCACCCAGCCUGUCGCCGCGCGGCUGGAGCGGCAGGCAGGGUCUUGGCCGGCCCGCCCGCUGGAUCGGGACCCCAGGGCCGCCCGGGACGGACUCAGAGGCGCACGCCCGAGCUGCUCCGGGUCCAGGCUCGGUGGCCGAGGCCGAGCACGGUGGAGGCGGAGCACGGUGGAGGCGGAGCCGCUGCUGACCGGGGGUGGGCGGAGCUCGGCGGCGCGGGCCGCCCAUUGGCUGCCGGGCUUCCGUGCGCUUUUCCGGGGGCCCCUCCAGGUGCGAAGCCGCCCGCCGCCCACCCCACCCCUCGCCGGCCCCGCGACCUCCCGGCGCCUUUGCCCAGGGAGGCGUUAACCUCGCAGGGGCCAGCCGCGGUGUCCAGAAGUUUGGGAUCGAUCCACGAUUGUAUUCUGUCGCUCGGUGCACGUAGCUUUAUUUUCCAUGACAGAUCUUGACGACAAUACAUGCAAAAAAUAUAUAAAGAUGAUUACUAAUAUCGUAAUAUUGAGCCUGAUCAUUUCCAUUUCCCUAGCAUUCUGGAUUAUGUCAAUGACAGCUAGCACCUAUUAUGGUAACCUGAGGCCUGUUUCUCCUUGGCGCUGGCUGUUCUCCAUUGUUGUUCCUGUUCUGAUUGCCUGUCAUGGCUUCAAAAAGAAAAGUCUAGACCACAGUGGGGCUUUAGGAGGGCUGGUGGUUGGAUUUAUCUUAACCAUUGCAAAUUUCAGCUUUUUUACCUCUCUGCUGAUGUUUUUCCUCUCAUCUUCAAAACUCACCAAAUGGAAAGGAGAGGUGAAGAAACGUCUGGAUUCGGAAUAUAAGGAAGGAGGCCAAAGGAACUGGGUUCAGGUAUUCUGUAAUGGAGCUGUGCCCACGGAGCUGGCCCUGCUGUACAUGAUAGAGAAUGGCCCCGGGGAAGUGCCCAUCGAUUUUUCCAAGCAGCCCACUGCUUCCUGGAUGUGUUUGUCUCUCUUGGCUGCACUGGCCUGCUCUGCUGGUGAUACCUGGGCUUCUGAGGUUGGCCCAGUUCUGAGCAAAAGCUCACCUCGGCUGAUAACGACCUGGGAGAAAGUUCCAGUUGGAACCAACGGAGGCGUCACCGUGGUGGGGCUCACCUCCAGUCUCCUUGGUGGUGCCUGUGUGGGCCUGGCCUACUUCCUCACACAGUUGCUAUUUGUGAAUGAUUUAGACAUCUCCGCUCCCCAGUGGCCCAUAAUUGCAUUUGGAGGUCUGGCCGGGUUAAUAGGAUCAAUUGUGGACUCAUACUUAGGGGCAACAAUGCAGUUUUCUGGUCUGGAUGAAAGCACCGGGCUGGUGGUCAGCAGCCCAGCCCAGGAGACCAAGCACAUCGCGGGGAAGCCCAUCCUGGACAACAACGCCGUGAACCUCUUCUCCUCAGUCUUGGUCGCCCUCUUGCUCCCAACAGCCGCUUCGGGCUUUUGGCCCAGAGAGUGAACUUUCUUUCCUCCCCAACUGGGUGACACUGGUGAGUCCAGCCAAAUUUGCCACGUGAAGAUUUUUUUUCCCCUAGUGAAUAGUUUCACUAGCCUUGGGGAUGCCGGCUCCUCCCGUGUUCCACUGUGGUGGGUUUCCAUGCCUGCCCUUUCAGCUCCUUUCAUGGCGGACGUCUUUGUGGUGAAAGGGGAAAGUGUGUAAAAGUUAUGCACAUUUUUCUUCUGCUGCAUGAAGCUUCUUGAUCGAUGGAGCUGUUACUUCCUCUGUGCUUGUAUGUUGAGCUGAGAGUGUCCAUGGUCUCAGUAAAAUGUUGUUCUGUUCAGCUUCUAAAAACCAAGUGUGUUGACAACGUAAAAUGGGUUCUACUUGUAUAGAGACAUACCACUAUGACAAUUGCCCCAAAGUUAUACCUGCUUCAGUGACGGAACCCCAUACACAUGGAAGCCCAAAGAAGUACACUAACUGGAGCUUUCCCCGUUAUCUGUUUAGUCACAACUGUGAAAAAAUGCAGGCAUUGGUACUCCACAUUUUCUUCCUCUCUCCCAGCGAAUGUCUUUGAAAUACACAUAAGAAUCUGGGUGCCACACUGCCAUGUGGGAUAGUUAAUGAGUCACUGGGAAAAUGGUGUAGUUAUUUUUUAAAUUUACUUUCAUUUGAACUUUGAACUUAAUUUUGCAAGUGCCUGGAAAUGCUGUGAUUUCCCAUCAGGAACCUUCAAAGUCAUGCAUUCCUCUUCUUUGUAGCCUCAGCCUAUGUGGAUUCUGUUUGUGACUGUGUUCUUCACUGUGUCUUACCUUGUACAAAAGAGGUUUUGAAGGAGCUGGUUAUUUUAUUAAAUAUGUCCUAAAAUGUUC